CGGGAACAUUGCCUUUUUGAAUCAUAUCAUGAACUUCCUUUUCAGGUUUGAAAUGUACGAUGCGGUUUGGGCUGCCAAGGAUUCUGGUUUCGUACAAAUACUCCACUCCUUCACCUUUGUACUAAUCACAAAUCCGGUGUAUUCCCUCUAAAAGCAAAUGUCUACAACAACAACCAUCAAACGUAAAAAAGGCCCCUCCGAAAAAAGUAAGCCUCAACCAGUGCUUGACGGUGAUCAUCGUAAAAGGUCGAGAAAUCGAUGCAUUCGCAGCUGUAUCAAUUGCCACGCAUCGAAGCGAAUGUGUGAUCGAAAACGACCUGCCUGUGCUCGUUGCACUCAGCUUGGAUUGACUGGACUUUGCGUAUACGAAGUUGACGACCCUAAUCAACGAUCCAGCACUCAAGACGAAAGUUCAAGAUUACUCGAACGAGUAGCAGAGUUGGAAGGCGUGAUUCGGGAAUUAAAGAACAAGCCUCAUCCGCGGUGGAUAUUCUCAACAUGCAGUGAACACAGUGACGACGCAUCCAAUGUCCCCAACUCACCCUCAUCGAGUCUACCGUCACCCGAUAUACAAGUUCAGGGAGCGUCUUCUUCUCAAGUGCCCAGCGUAGAAGAGAGUUACCUUACUUUGACACCUGCACUAUCGACAUCUCCUCCGAGCUCUCCUUCUUCUUCUGCGAAUACGCCUCCCGGCGACAGUUCGUCCCCACAUGCUAUGAUUAACGACGAUCCGACUGGACUCAGAGACCUGGACAUCUUUGCGCAAAGUCUUCCUUUUUUAGGAUACAGCGAAGACAAUCUGGUUAUGCAUCAACAAUUUACUGGACUAGGAGCCGUGAAAACCCCUUACUCCGUUGGACAACCAUGCAACUGCGUACUGGAACCCUCCAACUAUCACACGAUGCUUGAACUUUCUCUGCGACUUCGUAAGGCUGCUGCACUAUUGGCGCGGUCUCCUCACCACCAGGUAGGAGGACAUUGUCUCCUUAAUCAGCGGCUUUCGGAGCUAGAUGCUCUAACAACAAACACCUUGUCCUUAGUUGAUUCGCCGCAAUUUUCCUAUAGCGCCCAUCAAGCACUUCACCCGCCGACAGUUCAUCCAUCGAUUUACACCUCUGCAAUCACAGCGUCGCGGCUGGAUACCUGGCUUUCUGGUGCCAUCGCAGACUCCAACAACACGGGAAACGACUCGCUCAUGUCCUGGGAUCCUCCAAGACGGCCGCAGUAAGUAAAUUAUAGAAUUCUCUUGGCUAGGUUAGGAUAGGAUAUGUAUUAUACUUAUCAUGACAUACUGUUCACCGACGAUACCCCCAUAUUCUGGAUCAGGAGAGACAGUUUAUUCAACUUAUGGCAUAUGGAAUCAUACAUUUGCAUCGCGUUUAUAUCCGUGUAGUUUAGAUCUAGAAGGAUAAUGUGAUAACAAGUUACGACUGCUUCGAGAUGCUCCCCAUUUCCAAAAC